AUGACGCCAACCUCGCACGAAGAAGCUCCUCUGACCUCUUUCCGAUGCAGGAGUUGCUACGAGCCGGCUGGAGCUGAAUAUGAAAUGCCAGUAAAGCGGGACUUGGAGUUCCAUGGGGUGAUGCGGUUCUACUUUCAGGACUCCGGUCAGAAAGUGGCGACCAAGUGCAUCCGGGUCGCCUCUGACGCCACUGCCCAGGUAGUCAUAGAGACGCUCAUCGAGAAGUUCCAAGAAAGGCGGUUGGAGCCUGAUGAAAAGCCUCUCCUGGUUCAAUUGAAUUGGCACAAAGAUGAUAGGGAAGGAAGGUUCUUGCUCAGAAGGAUUGAUGAUAAAACUAAUAUGCCAGAAGGCACUUUUCAAGAAGGUGGCUCAAGUUUUAGAAGAAAAUUAUCAAAAAGAGAAAAGAAACAAUUAAAAAAGCAAGAGAAAUUAAAUAGAAUGAAGAGCGCUGGACUAAACAAUGAUGAAAAUGAUUCCGGAGUGGCAGAAAAGUUAUACACAGAAUUACCAGAGACAAGCUUCACCCGGUCAAUAUCGAAUCCUGAAGCUGUAAUGAGGAGAAGAAGGCAGCAAAAACUUGAGCGAAAAUUACAGCAGUUCAGAAGCAAAGAUGGAGGGCCAGAUACCGGUGGCACUCUAAAGAUUUAUGGGGAAGCUCUUUGCAGAGACGUUCCCUACAAGACUCUCCUCUUAUCGAUUGGAGACACAGCUGCUCAAGUAGUCAAAGAAAUGUUAAUGAAAUACGGACUUGACAAAGAAGAACCACAACACUACUGUCUCCUUCAAGUUAAUUCAGCAAUAGAAGAGAACAAGGACACUAACCACAGCACAAAUACACUGAACCAAAGAGAAUAUAUUUUGGACGAUGACGAAUGUCCGCUGGCGAUUUUGAUGAAUCAUCCACUAUCGCGGGAGAGGAGAAGCCUCGACUCAAAACCCGAGACUUGGUCCACUCGCGUGUCGCUUACUCGGAACCAAUUUGUAUGCAAAUCGCCACGACUACCAUCCCAGCCCUCUCUUCCUCUCGCUGUUCCUUUAUCCCUUCUUUAUACGUCGGCUCUGUAUAUUGUUGGUUGGGUAGGACCCUUUGAACCGGACUGCCCGAGCUGGGUCUUGAUGAAUAUCUCAAGCGUUAUGGGCUGCUUCACCCAUUGUCCGAGAGUUCAGCAACCCAAGUCUCUCCCGGCGCUAUUUAGUCUGAUGGCUGUAAUUGUUGUCUUGUCUCUCAUGCUCCGUGGUGCCACCCUGCUGAGGGACAGUUAUCGAUUUGAGGUAGGGUAUGGUAGGCCCCCACUCAUGUUGGCACCACUGCUUUCUUCUCCCGCCAGUCCGAACCCGCCAGUCGCCGUUCGCGCGCCAACUGUCAUGAUGGACUGGGGCAUAAGACGUAUGUAUCACCUGUAG